CCGCUCCUCGCGCUUUGUGAUGACGCACAACAUACUGCGUAUGUUUGAAACAUGGCAGCAGUGCAAGUGAGCGAAGCGGAGAAGGUUUAUCUUAUGCAUGGAGUUAGAGAUGACCUGAGAUUGGACGGACGGAGAUGUGAAGACUACAGACACAUGGAGAUCGAGACGGAUGUGGUGUCAAACACUGAUGGUUCUGCUAAAAUCAGUCUUGGUCACACUGAUGUUCUCGUAGGAGUGAAGGCAGAGAUUGGUAAACCUAGAGCCAUGGUACCAGACGAAGGUUAUCUGGAGUUCUUUGUGGACUGCUCAGCAAACGCCACACCUGAGUUUGAGGGGCGUGGGGGGGAGGAGCUAGGGGUGGAGCUCAGUAACGUCCUCUAUAAAGUGUUCAACAACAGGCACAGCGUGGACCUGCGCUCGCUCUGCAUCCUGCCGGGGGAGAACUGCUGGGUGCUGUACGUGGACGUGCUGCUGCUGCAGUGUGACGGAAACCUGUUUGACGCCAUAUCCAUCGCAAUCAAAGCCGCUCUGUUUAACACACGGAUUCCCAGAGUGCACAUAUCUGAGGAUGAGGAGGGCGGGAAGGAGAUCGAGCUCUCGGACGACCCCUUCGAUUGCAUCCGGAUCAAUGUGGAGAAUGUGCCGUGUAUCGUAACCCUGUGCAAGAUCGGUCACAGACACGUGGUGGACGCCACACUGCAGGAAAAGGCCUGUUCUGUGGCCAGUCUCCUGAUCUCAGUCACACACAAAGGAAUGGUCACAUGCGUCAGGAAGCUGGGAAGAGGAAGUCUGGACCCGGAGAGCAUCUUUGAGAUGACCGAGGCCGGGAAGCGUGUGGGAAAGACUCUUCACGCGCCGCUCAUGGAUCUGCUGCAGAAAGAAGAAAGUCUUGGCAAGAAACGACAGAAAGUGGGAUUCCUUGGAUAGCAGUUUUUGUUUGUUAGUUUUUCAAAUAAAUGAGUUAAGUUUCCUAUGA